UUCAACAAUGGAGACACCAUCUACAUCUGCUACAACAUCAACAAGCACAGUGAAUACUGGACCAUUACCAACGUCAAAGGCUUUGACAUCGGUGGAAAUAAUGAGCACAAAGAAAUUUACAACAGUCAAUCAUUCAACAUCUACCAUUAUUCCCCAUUCAACUUCUGCCUUGGGGACAACAUUGUCUCCAACUUCUCAGUGUGAGAACUGUCAAUGUAUCGGUGGUACCUGUGAAUUCAACGUGACACUUGGAAGAUGUCUCUGCCACUGUCAAGAGUUUGUUUUUGGAGAUGUCUGCUCUCUUGGAAUGAAUGACACAAAAGCUCAUGUUGAUACUGGAGCAUUACCAACCCGAAAGUCUAAUUUCACUCUGGAAAUCAGUGUCACUUUUCAGCCAGCUUUUAAUAACCUGAGCUCACCUCAAUCAUUAGAAUUCAUCAAGACAUUAGAAAAACAGCUUGAAGCCCUUUGCAGAGAAGCAGAUCCACAAUCCUUUAAAGAAGUACAAGUCAUCAAGUUGUCAGAAGGAAGUGUUGUUGCGGAGAGCGUGGCAGUGUACAACUAUCUGAACAAUGAAACUCAAAUCGACUUUGUCAACAAUCAGCUUGAAGGGGUGCUGACUAAUAUCUUGAAUGAUACAAAAAACCUCAAAAACAUUUCUAAGGCCUUUAAUAAUUCAGCUGUGCUGUUGAAUGGAGUCACUUUCCAGCCACCAAAUAUUACAAAUAUCACCCAAUUGGAGCCUUUCAUAAACUGCUCUCAGUUUGUUGGUUACACAGCAGAGAUUGUUAACGGUCUGUGGCAGUGUGCUGGACCGUGCAAAACAAACCCUGAUUACUGUCAUCAACACGGACGGUGUGACAAUGACAUCCACAGAGGGCCCCUCUGUAGCUGCUUCAGCUCCAGCCUUGAGCAGUUUUACGGCCCACAGUGUGAACUUUUCCGCCGCGGUCCAGGUUUCUGGGGCGCGCUGUUUGGAUCAUUGGCUGGAGCACUCCUGAUCUUCAUUAUCAUUGUCAUUGCUGUGAUUGUCAAAAAGAGACAUAUGCGUAUUUGGAAAAGAAGCAACUCCUACAACAGAAGACUGUCUGCUUUUGAAGAGGAUUUCUUUGACUUCUCUAACACAGGAGGUCACAACUUGGGAUUUGCAGGCACUUAUACACCCCGAUUUCAGCCCACAACAAGACGUCCAGAGGUUCGGAACGUCAACCCUUGA